AUAUAGUCAGUUGAUGUCAGCUGAAUGCCAGUCUCUUCAGAAAAGCUCAGUCCCCAGUUUGAGUCUGAGUAGGGACCAUGCUGUCCCAGGUUCAAGGAUAAAAACCAUCGGGCCCAAGUGCCAUCCAUAUUCCAUCUCCAGAGGCUUCCUCCACAAAUUGGGAUUCAUCCCUGCUAAAAAGCACAGUCUAACAGCAAGGGAACAAAAAUAUGCUAUCACAUAAUGCCAUGGUGAAGCAGAGGAAGCAGCAAGCAUCAGCCAUCAUGAAGGAAAUCCAUGCAAAUGAUGUAGAUGGCAUGGACCUGGGCAAAAAGGUCAGCAUCCCCAAAGACAUCAUGUUGGAAGAAUUAUCCCAUCUCAGCAACCGUGGUGCCAGGCUAUUUAAGAUGCGUCAAAGAAGAUCUGACAAAUACACAUUUGAAAAUUUCCAGUAUGAAUCUAAAGCACAAAUAAAUCACAGUAUUGCUAUGCAGAAUGGGAAACUGGAUGGAAGCAACUUGGAAGGUGGUUCCCAGCAAGCCCCCUUGACUCCUCCCAACACCCCGGAUCCACGAAGUCCUCCAAAUCCAGAUAACAUAGCACCAGGAUAUUCUGGACCAUUGAAGGAAAUUCCUCCUGAAAGAUUCAACACCACGGCUGUCCCCAAGUACUAUCAGUCUCCCUGGGAACAGGCCAUUAGCAAUGAUCCGGAGCUUUUAGAAGCUUUAUAUCCUAAACUUUUCAAGCCUGAAGGAAGGGCAGAACUGCCUGAUUACAGGAGCUUUAACAGAGUCGCCACCCCAUUUGGAGGUUUUGAAAAAGCAUCAAAAAUGGUCAAAUUUAAAGUUCCAGAUUUUGAGCUACUAUUGCUAACAGAUUCCAGGUUCAUGUCCUUUGCUAAUCCCCUUUCUGGCAGACGGUCCUUUAAUAGGACUCCUAAGGGAUGGAUAUCUGAGAAUAUUCCCAUAGUGAUAACAACUGAACCUUCAGAGGAUACCACCAUACCAGAAUCAGAAGACCUAUGAAAAGAGGGUUAUAUGUGCCACAGAAACCUCCGAAUAUAAAAGUUCCUGUUUUAUUAGUCAACGUACUAGCAAAGCCACUUACAUUUUUCAUUAGUAGAAAUAAUAGAAAUUUAGUGAUUUUUCUUUUAUGGCUUUUCAUUUCAAUCUCAAAUACUAAUAAACAAUUAGAAAUCUUAUUUUAAAAA